AUGAAAGUGCAGCACAUGUAUGAAGCCUAUCAAGAAUCCGUGCUGAGCGACGCUCGGUGUCAUAUGCGGACAAGCCGCUUUCUCGAAGGAUGCCGACAGACACUUGAUGACCGGAUUGCAGCUGCUGAGGCCCAGUUCCUUCGUGUGCCCAGCGCCGAAAGCGCGCGCGCAUCUCUACAGCGGUACACGAGCGUGCCUCACAUGGCUGGUGAGCCGAACGAUCUUGACUCAGCUCGCAACUUGGUCACGGAGUGGUCAAACCUCCUGGGCAGUCCCACAGCGAAUGCAACCGAGUUUAUGUUUGAUGCUGGCACUGAGGAGAGUCGCGAGUUUAUGCAGCACAGCCCGCCCAUGUCGGCUCGUGAAGCCCCUCGCGUUUGGGCCGACACAUAUUCAGUAUGGCUCAAUCAGCCAGUGAAAGCAAGUCUGUCCCUGAUGGACGAGCGUGGAAACGACUUUUGGACUGCGAAUCUCGAUGAAGAUGUGCUGUCUGACGAUGCAACUAGUGUGCAAGGUCGACCAGCGUUCCAUGGCUUCUCUGCGUCUGGAAAUGCGAAAGGCCACGUCGUCUUUGCUGGUGGCGGUUCUCUUCAGGACUUUGAGCUGUUGAAACAAAAUGGCGUCGACGUGAAGGGAAAGAUUGUCCUCGUUCGCUACGGCGAUGUGUUCCGCGGCGUGAUUGUGCGGGCCGCCGAGGAAGCAGGUGCUGCGGCUGUCCUAAUGUACACAGAUCCUGCCGAAGAUGGCACCAUCACGGAAGCGAAUGGAUACAAGGCAUAUCCCGAAGGUCCGGCGCGGCAUCCCAGCAGCGUGCAGCGCGGAAGCGUCCAGGCAUCGUCGAUCAUGCCUGGCGAUCCAUCCACACCUGACGAGCCAUCGUAUCGGAAUGCGACGCGCUUCCCUUCCAGUGCUACAUCGUCUUUGCCACGUAUUCCAUCGAUUCCUAUCUCGUUUGCGAAUGCUAAGCAUCUGCUGGCCGACAUGGAAGGCCAGGGCCUGCGUGCUGAACAGCUCCGUGCGGGCUUCGGUGGGGCUAUUCCGAACGUCACAUACUGGACUGGGCCCAGCCGGCAUUUGGCUCACGUGGAAAAUGUCAUGUCCGACCAAGUGCAGGACAUCUGGAACGUGUAUGCGGUGAUUCCUGGACAUCUGGACGAUGAGCGGAUCAUGAUCGGCAAUCAUCGUGAUGCUUGGGUAUUUGGCGCUGGCGAUCCAUCUUCUGGUUCUGCUGUCAUGCAUGAAGUCGUCAAGGGUCUUGGUCAACUUGUUCAAUCAGGCUGGCGUCCCAUGAGGACCAUCGUUCUGGCAAGCUGGGAUGCGGAAGAGUAUGGGCUGAUUGGCUCCACGGAGUUCGGUGAGGACUUUGCCGAGUUUAUCCAGUCGCACGUGGCCAUGUAUCACAACCUGGACAUGGCUGUGUGUGGCUCUGUCUUUGAAGCCAAUGCGUCGCCCUCGCUCCAGGCACUGCUUCAUGACGUCGCGCACAGCGUGCCUGAUCCUAAGCAACCUGCCACUCACAAUCUGACCCUGCGCGAUGUUGGCCCGCUGGGCUCUGGCAGUGACUUUACCGUGUUCCUCCAGCGUCUAGGUAUUGCUUCCUCCGACAUUCGCUUUAGCCGCGGACCCAGUGAUCCUGUCUAUCACUACCACUCCAACUACGACUCGUUCACGUGGAUGGACCGCUAUGGUGAUCCAGGCUUUGUUCGACACGAGGCGAUCGCCAAAGCCUAUGGUCUAUUGGCGCUGCGAAGCGCUGAUGCGAUCUUCUUGCCCAUUUCACUUCGUGAUUAUGCCCGCGAGCUGCACAAGUACUACGAAAUGCUCCUUGACACAGCACGUGCUACUGGUGUCGAGUUGCGUCCCACCAUCCUCGAGCGCCUGCGCACUGCUAUUGAGAAUCUUGGCGUGCAAGCUCAAGAAAUGAGCGUGCAUCAAUCGAAGCUCGAGGCGCGUGUGCGUGCCGUGUUUUCUCGACCCAAUGUCCACAUGACCCAAGAAGUACGUCAACUGCUGCGCAAGGCACACAACAUGAAUACACACUUGCGUGAAUUUGAACAGGGUUUCCUUGAUAUGGAAGGCCUUGCUUCUAGGCCUUGGUACCGACACUUGGGUGUUGCACCUGGUCGUUGGCUUGGCUACGGCGCAACGAUAUUCCCUGGUGUGACAGAGAGCAUGACUUUGGAUCAUGGGCUGCGCACGAGUGCCGAACUAUCGAGGCUUGCAAAGAGUAUGGAGCAAAUGGCCAAGAAACUUGAAGAAGCUAACGCUCGUUGGUCACGGCAUGAGUCGCCACCACAUACACCACCACACCAUGGUCCUAGCAGGCCCGAGGAGCCUCAUGACGGUUCGCGUCAGCCUCAGCCGCCGCAUCAUGGACCAGGAGUGCCUCGGCCGCCUCAUCCAGGCCCAGAGCCACCACAUCAUGAACCAGGAGUGCCUGAGCCGCCUCAUCCAGGUCCAGAGCCACCACAUCAUGGACCAGGAGUGCCUCGGCCGCCCCAUCCAGGCCCAGAGCCAUCGCUCCAUAGUUCCAACGGUGCUUAG